AUGGUUCUUUCCCAAUCGGACCAAGUUAUACAUACUCAGAUCCAAUUUAAGGCAGACAGGAAAGUGGUCCUUUGCUCCUUUAUUUAUGCUGAAAACUCUUACCAAGCUAGGCGUGUGCUUUGGGAGGAUCUUUCCAAGCAUAAUAGUUUGGCUCGAGAUAAGCCGUGGUUAAUUCUUGGUGAUUUUAAUGUGGCUCUUAGCCUAGAUGAUUGUUCUUCGGGCUCUUCUAGCCUAUCUAUUGGCAUGAGGGAUUUCUAUGACUGUGUCAAGCAGUUGGAGAUCCUAGAUAUUCCUUGUCAUGGUAUGCACUUCACAUGGAAUCAAAAGCCGAGAGAGGGUAUUGGUGUCUUGAAGAAGCUUGAUCGGAUCAUGGGUAAUGUUCAUCUCCUCUCUUUAUUUCCGGACGGGUUUGCUUUCUUUCAUCCUCCUCGCAUUUCGGAUCAUACACCUUGUGUGUUUAAAUCGUCUUCGGCUCACCGUCCUAAGCCGAGACCUUUUAAAUUUCCGAACUUUAUAACAUCAAAGCCGGAGUUUAUGCCAGCUGUUAUUCAGGAGUGGUCAAAUAGUGUAACGGGUCAUACUAUGUUUUCGGUGGUCACGAAAAUGAAGAACCUCAAGACAACUUUUCGUAAGAUUCUCCAUAAGCAGGGUAACCUUCAUGAACGUGUGUCUUCUCUCCGGAAACAACUUGAUCAUAUUCAGCAGCAAAUUGAUGCUAACCCAUCGGAUUCUUGCUUGCGUGAGUUGCAAUCUUCGUGCCUUCGUGAUUUUCAAGUCGCGGCUUAUGAUGAGGAAUGCUUUCUUAAGCAGAAAGCCAAGGCUGAUUGGCUUAGUGCGGGUGAUGCUAAUACUUCGUAUUUCCAUAAGUGUGUGAAAAGUAGAAACGCGAGAAGUAAAAUUUCGUGUAUUAUAGAUGCUCAUGGUAACCAGUUCGAGGGUGAUGAUAUCCCGGCUGUUUUCGUUAAUCAUUACACGAAUUUUUGGGUACUUCGGACCAAGUAG